AUGGCCGUGGGGUGCGGGGUGCUGUUGCUGCUGGGGGCGCUGCUGGCGCCCGGCCGGAGCCAGGAGCUCAGUUCGGAGGAGGAGAGACAGGCCCUGAUGCUGAAGGGCAGGGACUCGGAGCUGCACGCAGCCGCCUUAUUCUCGCGGCUGGACAGCCUGGACGCGGCCGUGCACCGGCUCAACGUGCAGUUCUACACCAUGGACCUGCGCCUGGCCCAGUUCUCCCAGGGCCUGGCCGAGCUGCGGGGGCGCCUGGCCGAGGCCCAGGAGGGGCUGAGCGCCCUCAACCAGACCAGCACCCGCAACCAGCAGGACAUCGGCAAGAUCGACGGCUGCCUGCGGGGCCGGAGGUUCCACGCCAAAUGCUUCCUGAUCGUUAAGCAGUUCGAGGGCUACGACGGGGCGCAGGAGCUGUGCCGGCUGCGGGGCGGGAACCUGGCCAUGCCGGCCGACACCGCCGAACUGGCCGCCCUGCGCCGCUACCUGCACGAGGCCUUCCAGCCCCACAACUGGCCGGCCUGGGUGGGCAUCCACGACCGGCGGGCCGAGGGCUUGUGGCUGUAUGAGAACGGCCAGCGCGUCUCCUUCUUCGACUGGUACCAGGACCACCUGGUGAGCCAGCCCAACGGGGGCGCCCGGGAGAACUGCGUCUCCCUCUCCUCCGACGACGGCAAGUGGUGGGACAACGACUGCGCCCGGCGCAUGUACUACGUCUGCGAGUACCGGCUCUAGGAGGGUGGGGGUGGACCCUGCGCCCAGACACCCAGCACUCCCCAGCCCGGAGACCCAGCAACAGCCCCCGGGACCCUGCGCCCAGAGACCCUGUACCCCCCAGCCCAGACACCCAGCACCUGCCCCCUAGGAACCCAGCACCCGCCCCCCCAAGACCCUGCACCCCCCCCAGCCCAGAAACCCAGCACCUGCCUCCCCCAGGAACCCUGUAUCCCCCAGCCCAGAGACCCUGCACCCCCCUAGAGACCCUGCACCUCCACAGCCCAGAAAUCCAGGACCUGCCUCCCCCAGCCCAGAAACCCUGCACCCCC